AUUUGUAAUGUUGGCCUUUCCGCGCGUGCUGCAACAUCCUUCGUGACAAAUAUGCAACCACACGAAUCUCGUGCGCGCUUCACCGUGUCGUCGGCACGGCGUCUUCGUCCGGACGGCGGGAUUUGGCGAUGUUUGUGCGUCCUCGUGUACCUACUCAGCCUUGCAGAUACCUUCAGCAUCUCCGAGCCACCCAUCGUCUACACGAAAUGGGGCCUGCUUCGCGGCAAGUGGAGUUGGUCCACGUAUAAUCGGCCGAUCGCGAAUUUUCUUGGGAUACCGUACGCGCAACCCCCGUGGGGCGAACUGAGAUUCAAGAGCCCGCAACCAUGGAAUCACAUAUGGAUGACGAUACGCAAUGCUACAAUCGAUGGACAGAAAUGUAUUCAAAUUACGAGAAGAACCGAACUCGUUGGCAGUGAAGAUUGCCUUUAUCUAAAUAUCUUCGUCCCCGAUAUUUUAGGCAUUCGAGAAAAAUCCGAGAAACUACCGGUUUUAGUUUUCGUGCACGGAGGAGGAUAUUUUCAGGGAAGUAGCGAUAGCAACCUAUAUGCACCGGAUUAUUUGUUGAAUCACGAUGUGAUCCUCGUUACAAUGAAUUAUCGUCUUCAUGCCUUAGGCUUUUUUAGCACAACGAACAAGAUUUCUCCAGGUAAUUACGGUAUUAAAGAUAUAAAGAUGGCCCUCGAAUGGAUACAAGAAAAUAUCCACAGCUUUGAAGGGAAUCCCAAAUCGGUAACUCUUAUGGGAUCGAGUGCCGGUGCUGUGCUGACUCAUUUUUUAGUUAUGUCAAAGAAGACCGAGAAUCUCUUCCACCGAUAUAUUCUGCAGAGCAGUACCGCUUUAUCUUCAUGGAAUUUUGUUCCUCGAAAAAAGUAUAGACAACAAUGUUUGAAAUUGGCAAAGCUUGUCGGCUGCUUACCGAAAAGAAACCAAAGCAUGAUCGUGUCGAAUGAAACAAUUACCGAAAGUCCGGAAGAAGGAGAUGUAAAAAGAAGUAGCGACGAUAUUUUGUACUCGAGUUAUACCAUGAAGGACGACGAAGAGAUAAUAACAUGCAUGAGGAGGGUCGAUGUGAAGGAACUAGUAAAAAUGACACAAUCUUUCUAUGUUUGGAGAAACAAUCCAUCGUUUACAUUUAUGCCCACAUUGGAGGAUGACUCGGAGGACGCCAUCCUGACGGUGCACCCAUUGAAAAUAAUAAAAGAAGGACUGUUUCGCGAUAUACCGGCAAUAAUACAAACCGUAAAGGACGAGAGUUUAUUAAAAACAGUCGACUUGAUCAUAAAUCCCGAUCUCAAGGACGAAUUUAUAGAGAAUUUCGAAAAGUACUUUCCCGUUUUUAUGGAGCACCACAAUGUGAUUACCAACAUCACCUUUUUCGCUUCCGCGAUACAAGAUUUUUACUUUAACGGAAAUAUGACAAUGAUUUCAGCAGAGAACAUUACGGAGAUGAUGAAUGAUUUCAUAAUAUGGUCGUUGUUGCGAGUUGCAAAAUAUCAAUCGGAAAUAGGAAAAUCCAACAUUUAUUUCUCCUUCUUCGCGUACAGGGGCACGUUCUCACAUACCUUCGCUACGGGCACUCCGAUUAGUUAUGGUGUUUGUCACGGCGAUGAUUUAAAUUACCUUUUUCCUGUAUUGAAUAAUGUGUAUCAGAAUAUGUUACUGCGCAAUACGGAGAACGAUAUAACUAUGAUUAACAUCAUGACAGAGAUGUGGACGAAUUUCGUGAAGAAAGGGAUACCAAGAGCACGGCUGAUCCCCGAGUGGCCCGCCUACCGCGAUCAUCACCAGUUCAUGAGAUUCGGGAUUGACAGAUCGCCGGAUAUUGUGGUGGAAGCCGAUUUCCGGCCCGACAGAAUGAAAUUCUGGGAGAAGUUGAUGUCCACAAUGGAACCGCUGGAAUCCGAUACGUUUGUCGACGAACCGUCGAAAGACGCCGAAUCUGCCAGUAACGCUAAUGCGAUCGAUCGCCAGCUAAUAGUUGCAUUUAUUGCAUUGUCAGCGAUUAUAUUCUUAUGAAUGAAAUUAUAAUACCUGCGCUCGCAGACAAAUUGCAAAAACACAGUAAAUUAUCCAGUUGCAAGCUAAUAUCGAGCAAUUAUUUACGCGCGUCUUGUCACGCAUCGUAUAUAUCAUUUAAAUAAUUUCUCCAUUCGGACGAUCCGAAUCAAGGUUCAAAUUAAAAUACAUCAAAAUUGUCUGUGGUAUAAAUGCGAAGAGAAAAAUACGCGAAACUGAUAGAUACAGCGUUUUAUACGUAAAUAAUGAAAAUGUUUAUUGAAAUACAUUCCCCAUAUUAGUAAA